UUCUUAUGGUCCUAAGAUAUACAUUAAAUAAAAAGACUGAGAGAAACAGGGUAUAGUAAUGCCCUUCUGUAAUCCCAGCUACCUGGGAAACCGAGGAAGGACAAUUACAAGUUCAGAACAGCCUCAGCAACUUAGCAAAGACCCUCAGCAUUAAACAAACAAACAAACAAACAAGCAAACAACAACAACAACAAAAACAGAAAAGAAAAAAGGCUAUGGAUGUAGCUCAGAGAUGUAGUGCUUGCCUAGCAUGCACAAGGUCCUGGGUUCUAUCCCCAGCACUACAAAAAAUAAAAUUAAAUAAAUAGACCGAAAAUUAAUGGCAUUCAACUUAGGAGGAUUACCUAGAAAAAAAGUAAACCCCAAAAGAAUUAAAAAAAAAAAAACAAAACAUAAGCCGAUUUUUUUUCCUCCUUCUUUCCCCUACCCCAUAACAUUAGGGAUUGAAUAGGACCUCGCUGUGCUGGGCAAGAACUCUACCACUGAGCUACACCUCCAGGCCUUUUUAUUUCUUUUCCAGACAGGGUGUCACUAAGUUGCCCAGGCAGGUCUCAAACUUUGAUCCUCCUGUUUCAACCUCCAGAGCAACUGGGAUUACAGGAAUGCACCACCACACCCAACAGAAUUUUUCAAAGAAAGAAUCAAAGAAAUAAUAGAGCUGGUACAAAAAAAAAAGUUCAUGCUGUCAACAUAUUACCUGAAUCAAAUCAUGAUGAAACAUUUAAAAAAAUCUAAAUUGAAGAACAACAUAAUUAUAAAAUAAUUGGUUUGUAACUCUUAAAAAUGUCAGUGUUCUGAAAGAGAUUGAGGAAAUUGUUCUGGACUCUAGGAGAGGCAUGAAAAAGAAAGCGGUGAAUAUAUGAAAUCCAGAAAGGAUAUUACUGGGACAAGUAUAAUGUAAAUAAAGGCUGUGGGCUUGACCAUGGUGUUGGAUUCCUGAUUUUCCUGAUUUCUUAUGACAAUACUGUGGUGUAUGACAAAAUAUUCUUGAUUUUGUGGAAUUUCACAUUUACUUACACCCUUCUCCAUUUAUAAAAAAUCUAAACCGAAGAACAACAUCAUUAUAAGAUAACUGGUUUGUAACUCUUAAAAAUGUCAGUGUUCUGAAAGAGAUUGUUAGAUAGGUAGAGGAAAUUAGAGGAAAUCUCUAAUUGUUAGAUAGAGAUUUCCUCUACCUAAUAUCUAGAUUUCCUCUACCUAUUUCAAAUAGAGAUUUCCUAUCUGAAAGAUAGAGGAAAGACGAAAAGAAGGAUGAAGUAAAUUGUUAUGUGAAUGAGUCCACCAUGGUGUCCAUGUAGUGACCCCUUCAUUAUUCAUUUCUUCUCAGCAGGCUGAGAUAUCUUAACUCAAUGGCAGUCAACAUCUGUUUUCCAUAGUUACGUAAAACCAUCUGGUUAUCAAGACCCCAAGUGGCUGUGACUCGGAGAUACCCAGGAGCAGCCUUACCCUAUCCCCAUGCCAGAGACCUGGAAGGCUCAGUGUGAGGUGGCAGAGCCUCACUUAUCUAAUGUGUGCUCUGCCACCUCAUGGUGGAAUCUUCUUCCUCCAUCAGCCCUGAGAAAAAUUUCUUUACCCGCUACACAAAUGUGGCUUGCUUAGAUGUUGUGUGGGACAGAAGAGACUGGACAUGGGCUCAGUUCUGUUGGGCUGUCGUUGCAUGUGGAGCUGGGAAGUCAGGACGAUGAUUGAGCCCCAUCCAGUUAGCAUUGGAGUGGGUGUGUCUUGGCCAAGGCUUAGGGUCAGACUUCAGGCUCCCUCCUUCCUGCACCGACCCAUUUCUUCUCCUCCAGAGAGGUUCAGAGGCCGAAGCUGAGCCUCCCACAGAAGGUGCCUCCUUGCCUAGGACUUCAGGGAAGGAUCAUGUCCCAGGGGUCACUGUCAUUUGGGGAUGUGGCUGUGGGCUUCACGCGGAAGGAGUGGCAGUGGUUGGACCCUGCGCAGAGGAUCCUGUACCAGGAGGUGAUGCUGGAGACCUACAGCCACCUGGUCUCUGUGGCAGGGUGUCAAGUCAGCAAACCAGCUGUGAUCUCCAGGCUGGAGCAGGGGACAGAGCCAUGGGCGGGGAAGGAGGAGAUGCGCAGGUGGAGAUCUCCAGAACUUUGGCAAGUUGACGCCCAAGCAGACAGACGACAGGAACACCAAAACAGACGUUUGGGGCAAGUUGCCGUCCCAGAUGGGAAAAAAUUAAUCACCAAAGGGCUCCAUGAAUGUAUUGAACUUGGAAAAAAACACUCCCCGAACUCACUCCUGGUCCCCUCAAGACAGCAGCCCCACACGUGUGACUCAUGUGGAAAGAGACUUCAGCAAAGCGUGGAGUUCAGUCCCAGUGCGUACCUUGCACGGAGGAGGUUUGAGUGCGAUGGUCAAGGGAACUUGUUUCUCUACUCCAAGCUGGAGACUCCGCUCCCUGCGGAGAGUCCGUGGGCUUGCACCCAGUGUCAAAAAGCCUUAAACCGGGACGCAGCCCUGGGUGCAGAUCAGGGAACCCAUGGCGAGAAGCCUCAUGUAUGCACCAGGUGCGGGAAAGCCUUCUCCCGCAGGGCGCAGCUCAUCGUCCAUCACCAGGUGCACCGAGGGGAGAGAUCCCACGGGGACAGUAGCUCAGGGAGUGGUUUCAAGGAGGAGGCUGUCUUUUGCAAGGGGGGACAGCACACCAAAGAGAAACCGAAAGGAGAUCGCCGUCGUCGUGGCCCAAGGGUGUCCCGGAAAGGAGGUCUCUUUGCGCCCCAUACGUUGCAUGCUGAGGAGAGGCCAUACAAAUGCUCGGAUUGUGAGAAAACCUUCUCGCACAAGUCCCGCCUGGUGGAGCACCACCGCUCCCACACCGGGGAGAAGCCCUACGGCUGCAGCGAGUGCGGCAAGACCUUCUCCCGCAAGUCCUGCCUCAUCAUCCACCACCGCAUCCACACCGGGGAGAAGCCCUACGGCUGCGGCGAGUGCGGCAAGGCCUUCUUCCAGAAGUCGCACCUCAUCCUGCAUCUGAGGACACACACCGGGGAGAAGCCCUACAGCUGCAGCGACUGCGGCAAGGCUUUCUCGCAGAACUCCUGCCUCAUCAUCCACAAGCGCACGCACCUGGGCAAGAAGCCCUACCAGUGCCCGGAGUGCGGCAAGAGCUUCUCUCAGAAGGCCAACCUCCUCCGCCACCGCAGGAUCCACACCAGGGAGAAACUGCACGGGUGACAGGGUGACAGGAGAGCUAUGUGGGUGUGGAGCAGCUUUGGAGCUGCAGAGACCCAGGCAAUCCAGGUCUGCGGCUCUGCUGAGUCAGGAGAGGCACAGAGGAAGGGCCAAGAGGCCUUAGAGUGAUUAUUAUAGGAUAAUCAUAAUGAUAAAGGAUAUCUAUGUUAACUAUGGCUAUUAAGCAUUAUAAUAUGAAAACAAGUUAAAUCACUAAAACAGCAAAUCUCAAAAGUGUCCGAACAAUUUUAGAGCUUCAUGGGGUUAUGUGCCUGAGUGUGCUACCUACAGAGUAUUUAUUUUUGAGUUGCAUUGGUAGAAACAAUUUUGAAUUUAUAGACACAUAAUAUAAAAAGUAUAUAUCCAAGACUUACUAUAUUAAGCUACACCAUCUGUCUUUGUAAUAUGUAUUAUAACUGACAUGAAUUUAUUCACCAGAAGUAACCACCUACCAUUUGUCCUGUUGUUCGAAGUAUGAUAGAACUCCUGAAUCUGGAAGCUAACAAGUUCAGGACAUUUUCUGAUUUCUCUCAACCAACUAGUCAAAAGUUAUAAAUUAAAUGUGAAAGGUUAGGGCUUCUUUUCUGGCAUUUUUUGGACUGCCUAACAUAAAAACCCUUCCACUGUAGACACCUAGAAAUGAUGGACAAUAUAAAAUUAAUAUUCUCUUAAAUGCGUAAUCCAGCUCUCAAGAAACUAAGUUUUCCAGAUGUCAGCUAUGUGGAAGGAUCUGAAAACCAGAAAUAAAGUUUGUGAGUUGAUACCAUA